AUGGAGUAUCUGAAUGACGUAAUUGAGAGCGGUCCCAUUCAGCAGACUGCCGCCGGAGCUUUGGAACAACUGCAGGAGCAUCUCGUGAAAGCAUACGAGGUGCUCCAAAAGUGCGGCGGGGGCCGCGUGUAUAGGGUUAUCAACUACAGGGCCAUCCAAGAUGACAUAACAGAUGUCAACACCUCCAUCUCAGCCUGUCUGGGGGACUACAAUUUCUUCAAUAGCAUUCCUCGUGCGAGCCAGCCGCAUUUGAAGAGAUUGAGAGCAGACGUCCGCACGUACGGGGCUCUAAGUGUUGAAGAAAGGGUGGCUGACGGGAUUUCUGAGGCUGCCUCAGGAAUCGAGAUCGAGGAGACCAAUGCGGUAGUGGAGACCAUCCAAGAGCUCAGAAGGCAGGGAGUUUUCUCGGAAAGAGAGUUGGCAGCUUUUCGAGAGGAAGUGUCAGCAAACAAUGCUGAGAGGGAUCAGAUGCUCAGGCUAGUUGGCAUCAUGGGAGAGGAACAGCAGAUGCUGGCAGCGCAGAAACUGGCGUCGGAGGAGGAGUAUCUGAGGCAGAUUGCAGAGCUUAUCUCCACGACAACGCAGACGACUCUGGAGCCUCCGGCACCCCCAGAAAGAUUCUUGUGCCCCCUGACCCAGGACAUUAUGUCAGACCCGGUCAUUGUGACCUCCGGACGCGUCUAUGAGAGGAGUGCAAUCGAGCGCUGGCUCAAGGAUCAUGACACGUGCCCCCUCGAGAACCUGGCGGUUGAUGCGGCUAACCAGAGGGCCAUUGGAGCGAUGCCAGGGAGCCUGCAGAAGCUGGUGGGCCUGCUGGACAGCGAGAGCGAGGGCGUGCAAUAA